CCCCGGGGAGCUGGGCUCGGAGGAAGGCGGGCUGCGGGCAGGGCUGCCCGGGCUGGCUCUGCCCUUGCACCGGGGCAUGGGCUGACUCACGGAGCGCUGCUCCCCAGCAAACUGGAGCUUCGGGGAGGAGGGACGUGAAAAGCAGAGCUUGAGGACUUGAGAGCCUUUGUGAUGCUGUCAGAUGCCAGCGGAGUGUGUCACCCCUGGGGCCCAGCCAGUUCACAAGAGCUUGGGAAGCACAGUCUCUGUAUUCAUCUUGAAGGAACAUAGCCCUGCUCCUUCACUGAGUGGCUGGAAGCUGUGCUCAUCUACCCCCCUUCGUGCCUGUGGUGCCCACCCUGAGCCAGGGCAGGGGAAGAGAGGCAGCAGGACUGGUUUGUGCUUCCCUGAACUUUCCCAAGGGACCAGGAUGGAUGGCAGUGAGCGGUACCAAAAUUUGGUUCCAGCAGGGUCCAAGUCUCUUCUUUAAAGAGAACUUCCAGCAUCGAGAAAGCUGAAAAAUAAAGAAAAAACCCCAAAAUGGAAGGAGGAAACAGCCCCAGUGUGCAGCUGCAGCAGCUCCCGUUGGCCACAGCAGCAGUUUCUGUGCAGCCACACACAGACUCCUUCUCCUACAAGGAGAACUUGAUUGGGGCACUUCUGGCUAUUUUUGGGCACCUUGUCAGCAGCAUUGCCCUCAACCUCCAGAAAUACAGCCACAUCAGGCUGGCAGGCUCCAAAGACCCCCGGGCCUACUUCAGGACCAAGACCUGGUGGAGUGGAUUCUUGCUGCUGCUGCUGGGGGAGCUGGGAGUGUUCUCCUCCUAUGCCUUUGCUCCUCUCUCCCUGAUUGUGCCCCUCAGUGCAGUGUCUGUUGUGGCUAGUGCAAUCAUAGGAAUUAUAUUUAUUAAAGAAAAAUGGAAGCCCAAGGAAUUUUUGAGGCGGUACCUGCUGUCCUUUGUGGGCUGUGGCCUGGCAGUUGUUGGCACUUACCUGCUGGUGACAUUUGGACCCAACAGCCACGAGAAGAUGACAGCAGAAAACAUCACCAGGCACUUAGUGAGCUGGCCAUUCCUGCUCUACAUGCUUGUGGAGAUCAUUGUUUUCUGUCUGCUCCUGUAUUUUUACAAGGAGAGAAAUGCAAACUACAUUGUCAUUAUUCUCCUGCUGGUGGCUUUGCUGGGUUCCAUGACGGUGGUGACAGUGAAGGCUGUGGCUGGGAUGAUCCUGGUGUCCAUCCAGGACAGCCUGCAGCUGGACUCCCCCAUCUUCUACAUCAUGUUGGUGUGCAUGAUUGCCACAGCCAUCUACCAGGCCACGUUUUUAGCUCAAGCCUCCCAGCUCUAUGACUCAGCUCAGAUCUCCAGCAUUGGCUACAUCCUAUCCACCACAGCAGCAAUCUCAGCAGGAGCAACUUUUUACCUGGACUUCAUGGGUGAAGAUGUUCUCCACAUUUGUAUGUUUGCACUGGGGUGUCUCAUAGCAUUCCUGGGAGUCUUCCUGAUCACCAGGAACAGGAAGAAGCCUGUCCCUUUUGAGCCCUACAUCUCAAUGGAUGCCAUGCCAGGCAUGCAGAACAUGCACGACAAAGGGAUUGCAGUGCAGCCUGACCUCAAAGCCUCUUUCUCCUACGGCGCCCUGGAGAACAACGACAGCAUGCCAGAAAUCUACACUCCAGCCACGCUGCCCAUCGUGCAGGAGCAGCACGGAUCCAAGGCAGCCUCUGCCCCUCCCUACAGGGUGCUGGAGCACAGCAAGAAGGAGUGAGUGACCUUCAAGGACUGAUGGGAGUCGUCAGGAGUUUGACCUUUAUUUAUUUACCUGUUCAAAUAGAAGCAAGCGUAAAGCCGACCUUGAGAAGAGUUUUAAGCUCGUCUCGAGUUGAACUUUCCAGGCUGAUUAUUAAAAUAAACAACUUUUUCUAGUUGGGAAGUUGAAAGCACUUGGUGGGAAGCAGAUCCCAGUCCUGCAUGGAAUUCUGCUGGCUGGGAGUGUGGAAUGGUGGACUGGUGAGUGCAGCACUGUGGAACUGAUGAGAGAGGAGGUGCUGUGGAAGUGACUGUGCAGUUUUCAGCCCUGCUGGGAGUGGUUUUAUCUCCAGACAAGUUUUCAGGAGCUGCUCACAGAGAGAGGAGGACAGGAUUUAAUCUUUCAUUUACAGGGACUGUGACAGAUUUCCAGGAAGGCUCUAAAUCCUGGUGUGACCAUGGAGCUCCCCUGACAUGGCAAUAAAUGGAAUUGUUUUGAAGCACCAACACUGGAACUCGCUGUGUCUUUAGAGCAGCAGAACUGGUGAGAGUGAACACUUUAUCCCUUCAAACCACCAAUUUUGGGCACUUCUGUUCUGGUGUUGAGCAUAAGCACUGAGGAUGGGGUUGUUUUUAGAGCACCACUGGAUUAUAUGGCUUAGAACAAAGAUUAUUUGCCAGUUUUCUGAUUUCAUAGCAGGAGCUUCAAGUUGGAUUAAAUGGUGCAGAGGGAACACUAUAAAGAAUGAGGACGUGGAGAAAUGAGAAUGAUGUGACUGUGUCUGGUGGGGAAUUUAUCUAAUUUUGGACAAAAUCUGAAUUCUUUAUCAUGUUUAUUUAUUUUCUUUCUGAUUGAGGCAGGAUUUCAAACUUUAGUAGUCCCAACUAAAGGUGUUAAGUUCCUUAGUUCAAAAGCUCAGUUUAGGUGAUGUAAGCUGGGGUCCUCCCCCUUUUUUCUUUCUUUUAAAAAAAGGAAAAACAAUACUUGUCUACUAUUGUGGAUGACCUAAGGAGAGAAGUUGCACAGCCCAGCACUCACUGAGGCCUGUGAGGAUAAUGGAGCUUUGUGUACUUUGAUAUUUUUCCAGCUUCCAGGAGAUGGCCAGGAGCUGAUACUGAGGGAGAAUGGACACAGGGGGAGCAUGGGGAACUGUCAUGUGAGGAGGAGAAAGUACAACAUUCACUGGUUAUCCUGGCACUUUGGUAGCACUGGCUGCUCUAAAAUUGGGGUUUUUUUCUGGAAAACUGAAUUUUAAGUCCACUCAGUGUGGUUUGGGCUGCCUGCAUAGUAGUCUCCAGGACCCUGGAAUUUUAUUUGAAAGGAAUAGCUCUCAUGUUCUGUGUAUUUUUAAGUGAUUCCCCCAGUACCAGGGAGUUUGGGAUUAUUUUAGGUUUGGAAUAGUAUCUUUCUGCAUUUAUUUAUUUUUAUUUUUAUUUGUUAAAUUGACUCAUGGCCAGUUUCUCUUGCCACUACCAGAAAUUCCCAACAACUCCCCUGACCUGUACAUGAUUAUUCUAGGUUCUUUUUGUUGUAAAUGACAACAGAACUGUUCCUUUGCAUUUGUUUGCUUUGCCAGCUCUGCAGACUCAUUCAAUCUGGGCAUGCUUUGGAUUGCUUUGGCAUUUUUGUGCAGCUUAGAAAAAUAACCUUCCCCCUGCACAGGGGAGGUGCCCUGGGGCUGUACCCAGGUUUCUUCACCAGCUGGGCACAAUUCACAUCUUAUCAGUGGCAUCCCCUGCACUGGAACUUAGGAAACCUCAAGAAAUAACAGCUUUCCUUUCACCCUCAAUACUUUAUUUGUGAUUAGGCAAGAUAAGGAUGUUAAUGGGCUCCUGCUGCCAGAGCAUUCAUCUUGCUGGGGUGCAGUGACACUGAUUUACUGCCUUUGCAUGUGGCCAUCGAUUGUUGGUGAAUUUAUGGGCAGCUUUUGUUCAUUAACGAUGCAGAAUGAAGCACUGCAGGGAGGCUGAAUGGGGAGGGCACAGGAAUGCUGCCUUUCCUUAUCUCUUCCCAUUUCAUCAACCUGUUCUGACCUAUUGGUUCUGCAGUCACAGAACACAGAGUCUGAAAACAAGCUGUGCUACACCACACACUUGUUCCAUGGCAAUAUUCUCUGUGGUUAAUUAGGUGGUACAAAAUAAUUCAUCACAAGGGCCUAAAUGGCUGCUGACAUCCAAGUCAGGAUGGUCCUGUGUGUGCCAGUGCACUGGUCCCAGUUCUCAGCAGGGUUUAAACCCAGCACAGACUGAGCACAGACCUGGCAGCCAUGAGUCCUGCUUUGGGUUUUGCUCCUCAGCACAGGCCCUGAGAGACAGACACAGAGGCAGGGGACAGAGUGCUCUGGGCUUGCCUUGCAGGCUGCUCUCUGGCCUGUUCAGGGGUGGUUUUGUGUAAACUCCCCAGUUCUCCUGAGCCCAGGUCCUGCCCUUGCUCCCUGCACAGAGCCCUCAGGUGUCAGCCCUUCUCUGAGUGAAACUGCCACCAGCUGAGCUUUUGUGUUAUUGUGUGGGUUUGGCCCUUUAUUGCAAAGAUUCUAAAGGCAAGUCUUGCUCCAAAACUUUACAUAACCAUGUUUUAUUUACACAGUCUCUGUGUGCUCAAAUAAUUCUACUUAAUAAUGACAGUUCCCUUUACCUGCAGCCACAGGGAAAUCUUCCUUUGUUUGCUUCUUGAAACUUCCCUGCCAAAGGCCUCCACUGGAGGUGGUGUCUGUUUCUACAGCACAUAAAUCACAAUAUUUUUGAUCACUGUGCCACAGCAGUGGAGCCUGGGGUGCUCCUGGCCAUGGGCCUCAGCUCCAUGACUGAGGGACGGGCAGGACUGAGGGAUUGCACUCACUCCUGUUUGCUGCUGCUGUUCAACACUGGAAUCCUAAAAUGGGGUUGGUUUUGUUUGAUUGUUAUUUUUUUUUUUUAAUUUUAUGCACCUUCCUCUUUCUUGCUUUUUCUCCCAAUCUUCCAAAAAAUGUUAUUUUCUGCUCUUUAGCCUAAGAAAAGGCAUGAGCAAGGCCCAGAGAAACCAAGUACCUUGUUUAAACUUGACUGAAGGACUUCUGUGCUCUUUCUGGCUCUUUCAGGAGUGAAUUAAACUCCUCACCUCCCUUCUAGUCCAGAGAAGCUGAAACAGGAAGGGUUUUACACCCUCACACUGAGCUUUUCACAGAAUAUUUGUUAGUCUGAGGUGACAGUGGCCAUGCCUGGCAUUGCAGCAAAUAUUUACAGCUGAGCAGCUCAGGAAGGUUUAAAGGAGAGGAGCCCUGUGCCACAUUCCAGGGUGAAAAAUGAUUUAAGUGUUGUACAGCACACUCUGAUCUGUGAAUAUCUACACUGCAGGGCUGAUGCAGGACCCUGCACGUGGCACAGCACCCUCAGAUUCCAAAUGGAAGGGAUUUCAAAUGGAUUCCAAAUGGAAGGGAUUUCUCAGCACCAGGAGCUGCUCCAGCACUUGGCUGAAGGAGCAGCUCCUUGGCUUCAUCCCUGCCUUCCUCACCCAGUGGGAACUGACAUCUCUGGCCUCCACCCUGUGUGGCUUCUCAAUGCACCAGAGCACUUAAAACAUCCUCAGUGUGUAUUUUCUGUGUAACUUAACUCUGUGGAGCACAGCUGAACGUAUAAAAUGAUCUGCCUACAACGUUCUCCUGUUCACCUUAAAAUGUGUAAAUAAAUCAAGCUUUACACUCUUGCACUAUAAAGGACAACUGCUUCAUUUUUCACAGGCAAUGUUGCAUGUCUGUUUAAUUCUAUUUGUCUUUCAGGUGAGACAAAUGAAACCAAACUUUGAAUAAAAGAUUGUGGUAAAACCUA